AUGGUGGGCUACGUAUUAGCUGUGCGCAAGUGUGACGGUGAGGAGUUGCUGCAACGUGUGAGAUACAUUAAUAGUCCAGUAUUAAAAGUUGAGCAGGCGUACAAAAGGCAGGCGCAACUAUGGCCCCAGCAUGCAAUUGGUUGCAAGCAGCAAACGGUGGAGACAUCGCCGCACAUAUUUCUGUUGCCCCUGUUCAGAGCGCGCAAUCGGAUUGCAAGCAAGGCCGUCCUGACCAUGAUCUCUGCCAUGCACAGCCACUAUCUGGACGCCGCCGACACAACACUAUCACAAGCAGCAAAGAUGGUACCAACAUAUUACUCUCUGGCGCCUGACUACUGA